AUGAAGUCGUCCAACGUUUACAAUCGUCGGAUUUUGCUAGAUGUCGAAGAUUAUCAACAGGUCAGUUUGAAAAUCUCAUCGCAUUUAUUUUAUCUCGUAAUUUGUGAUUUUUUGUGUUUUUAAUUUAUAAAAUUUCAGAUGCCGAUAGAAGACUUGGCGACUUCGUUGAAAGAUCUUCCACCUUAUUAUCACACAAUGUCACCAGCGGAAAUCAGCCUUUUCGACGAUUUGGCGACAACGUUGGUCGUCGACGCCGUCCUGGAUUUUCAAACCCAUAAGAUGUUUCCAAAGUAAGUGAUCUUUUUUUAUAAAUUUCCUUUCGAUUUUUUUCCAGAAAGAGAUAUUUGAAACACGAUGAGAGGACGAUAGCCCGCGGAGUUAUGCGAAGAUUCGCAGAAAAUCAGAACUUUUCGCACGCCGUUCGUUGCUUUCUCCAAAUGCGAUCUGUGAGAGGACACAUUGCUCCGUUGCUUCCGAACAAGCAUAUUGAAUUCCGUGAUCAUGUAAUAUCCCUUUCUAUUUGUUUAUUUUGCUUAAAACCCUUGUAAAAUAGAAAAAUAUUUUCAAGGGAAGGCCUGUACGGUGGAGCGAAAUUUCAUUCUCUCAGUUUUUUCAACCGUUUCGGACAAUUUUCAAAAAAGAGAAAAGAUAAUUAUUUAGAUUCAAAUAACCUGAUUUGGGUGUUUGGAAAAACAACAGUCUUACUAGACAUGAAAUAACAGAACUUGAACGUUUUUUGGCUUUGAGAAUUCAUAAUUCUUUUUUUACCUUUUCAAGCAUCCAGUGUGAGUUCUGAACUGAUUUUGAACAAAUUACAUAUUUACCAGCUUUUGUUAUAAUGUUCAGAGGUGUAUAAGAAUAAAAUGAAAAUGGAAUAUUCUUUCAGCUUUGAAAAUGUUAAACUGAAAAGAAUUUAUCGCUCCUUAACUUCAAAGCAUUCUGUAGCUGAGAAAAUUGCAAUUUCGAAAAAAUUCAUAUUCUCAUUCUUUGAAUCGGCGUUUUUUCUCAAAAAAGUUUUGCGAUUUUUUCGAAAAUUGUUAUUUUUUACCAACUCUAGAAUACCAGGGAAAACAAAAUUGAGAUAAUUCAACGAUUUUAAAUUCAUUUAAAAAUCUAAUUUCUCAUUUUGCAGCUGGUCCGGUUCCUGAACAUGUUCUGCGGCAAAUCCGGCUUCACCAUCGAGAAAUGCAACCGUUACUCGUCGGAAAACAACGCCGGCGCGAAGCUCGUCUCGACGCGAUCUUGGUGAAUUCGCAUGGGUUGAAAUUUAAAGGAGCACAGUCAAUUCUCGGGAAAGUCUUGAGGCGAAGAGAGCUUUCCAAGCUAUUUUAAGGCUGUACGAAACUCAAGCUCUUUUCGAAAUUGACAUUCGGAUAGACGAAAAAAGUCAGAAAUUGAAUUGAAAUCGGCAAAUCCUUUUUUCAGAUUAUUCUUCGAAAACAACUUAUCAAUCUUCUUAAAAAUCAUGUCUCGAUCAUUGUUACUCCAAUUUUCAAUACAAAUCAUGAAUAUUGGGCUUUUUCUAGACCAUUUCUCGCAAAAUAUGUAGUUCUUUCUUCUUUUUUUCUGGCUCGAUGCCAUAAAACAUGGGAACCUGAUAACACACUGAACAAUGCGACGUUUUGUUUUCUCGAUUCCGCACACUGAUAAGAAAUCUAUUUAUAGGGUUGGCGGUUCGCCAAGGCCGAAACGAAAUACUGAUUAAUUUGUGGAGAAAUUUCGAAGUCUUUUUUUCAACUUGAAUAGUUUUGGUUUGAUCAUGAUCAAGGCAAUUUUGCACACUAAAGAAUUCCAGAGUGGUACCUAUAGGGUUAGGCGGGUAAAAACCCCCAUAGGUGCCCAUAAAGUGGUCCCUUUAGGGUUAAAAUUGAAGUGGACCCUAUAGGGGUCUUUCAAUUUCAUUCAAAAAAAGAAAACUUAUUUUUUGAGUUUUUCCCAUGGAAAUGCUUUUUCGCCUAGAGUUCAUAACAAUUAUCGACUAGAAUGUCCCCUAUGGGGACCACAUUUGCAAGCUUUAGUGGCCUCUAUAGGGAUUGUUAAACUAGUCUCUAGAGGGAUUCUCCAAGGGCUUCUGAGUUUGGCCCUAUAGGGAUCACUCUGAAGAUCCUAAACAGUGAUAACGGUUCAAUCUAUGGAGAUUGACUAAGUAACGAAUAAAUUGCUGUUCAAUGCAAAUAAAGUUCAAGAGUUUUUUUUGAUUUGAGAAAGUUUUUUUUUACGAUAGUAAGUUAGUAAUGGAGUAGGAAAAUGGAAAAAAAGGAACUUUGAAAUUUUCAGCAUAAAAAACCCCUCUCUGAUGACUAAGUAUAGGUUACAACGUUACUGGGAAAAUUUUUUAAUAAUCGUGACUUUUUUCUUUGAGUUAAUUCAGUGUUGUGAGCCUUGAGAAGCUUCUAAAAACUGUGGAAAAUAAAUUAAUAAAUGACAAAAAAAACUUUACUUAUCACAUAUUUUUUCUCAAUAGAUUCAUAUUCCGAACACACGACCCUUAUUUAAAAAAAAGGAACUUUCGAAAAUAUAACUCUGAAAUUUAAGGAACCGUGGCGACAAAAUCGACCGUCUGUGCGGCGUCGUCUGCGCCUUGGACGCCGACGAAGAAGCGCAGACGCUGAUCCACGGAAUCAAUGAUUUCUCGGUCAUGUACAGCACGAGGUUGGCUUCGGAGAUGAACACAUAAUCAAUAAAAUGUACUAUUUUAGAAAAAAGUGCGCCCAAUUGUGGCUGGGCCCUGGCGCCUAUAUAAAUCACGACUGUCGGCCAACCUGCGAAUUCGUCUCUCAUGGUUGUACGGCGCAAAUCAAGGUACUUAGGAACUCCAGAGUGGUUGCUAUAGGGGCAACCUUAGGGGCUCUUGAAGGGUUCCCUCUAGGGACUACUUUACCAACCCCGUCUGUGCGGCGUUGUCUGCGCCUUUUUUCCACAUAAAAUUUGCAUAAAAUCGAAAAAUGUUCUUGACCGGUACCUAGACAAGUUUUAAGUUUUUUAAGAUUUUUGUGACGAGUUCAGAAACGGAACAUGUUUCUUAAUGCAAAAUUGUCCAUCGGUGCCUCAAAUUCGCUCCAAAGAACGAUUUUGUUUCUUUUUAGAGCAAGUUUCAUUUUGUUUGAUGAACACACUAUUGAUUUUCCAAGCUCUCGAGUGAUUGCUUUAGGGACCUGAAGCUUCCUUCUUGGGAACAACAGAAGAUUUAAAAAAUGAAAAAUCCCAAUUUAAGGUGGUACGCGACAUGGAGCCGGGCGACGAAAUCACCUGCUUCUACGGCGACGAGUUCUUCGGCGACAACAACGAACGAUGCGAGUGCGUGACCUGCGAGAAGAUGUCGCGUGGCGCGUUCGCCUCGAAGAUCUCGUCUCCAUCCGAAGAAUCCAGCGACGACGGUCAACGUUCGCUGAAGCGACCCAACUCGGAAGAUUUGGACGACGUCGCGACGGCCGCCGCCUCGAAAUACGCGCUCCGCGAGAUGAAACGUCGCGUUUUCACUGUCUGA